CUCCCUCCCUCCCUCCUUCCCCUCUCUCUGCCUCUCUGACCGGACUAAAGCAAUAGGAUGAAGAGUGGAGAGUCGCGGGGGGCGAGCGGUGGGAGCAAUGUGCAGAAACCCGAAAAACAAUCCUGUUUUUCCAACAUCAAGAUUUUCAUGUUGUCUGAAUGUGCUCUGAUGCUGGCGCAGGGCACAGUAGGAGCUUACCUGGUCAGUGUGUUGACAACCCUGGAGAGAAGAUUUAACCUGCAGAGUGCCGAUGUGGGUGUCAUAGCCAGCAGCUUCGAGAUUGGAAACUUGGCUUUGAUUUUGUUUGUCAGUUACUUUGGUGCCAAAGGGCACCGGCCACGCCUGAUAGGAUGCGGAGGCAUUGUCAUGGCUCUGGGGGCCUUGCUGUCGGCUCUGCCUGAGUUCCUCACCCACCAGUAUGAGUAUGAGCCUGGUGACUCCCCCUGGGGACUGGAUGGCCAAGGGCUGUGUGCCACCAACAUCUCUGGAGUCAGUGAGGAUGAAGAUGGGGAGAUCAUCUGCAGGAGAACUUCCACCAACAUGAUGUACCUGCUGCUGAUUGGAGCCCAGGUGCUACUGGGCAUCGGAGCCACCCCUGUCCAGCCUCUCGGGGUGGCCUACAUAGAUGAUCAUGUGCGCAGGAAAGACUCCUCACUGUACAUAGGAAUUCUCUUCACCACGCUGGUGUUUGGGCCCACAUGUGGCUUCAUUCUGGGCUCUCUCUGCACCAAGAUCUAUGUGGACGCUGUUUUCAUUGAUACAAGUAAGCUGGACAUCACGCCAGAGGACCCUCGGUGGAUCGGGGCCUGGUGGGGGGGCUUCCUACUCUGUGGUGCCUUACUCUUCUUCUCAGCUCUCUUCAUGUUCGGAUUCCCUCAGUCCCUGGCCAUUAAGAACGAGCUUGUGCCGGAGAGUGAGCAGAUCAUGUUACCGCGGGAGUUCGAGGGGCAGAAGCCGAGUAACGGAGUGGCCCAGCUGGAGGAUGGCACCUCCACAUCCUGCUUCCAGCAGCUCCGAGUGAUUCCGAAGGUCACCAAGCACCUGCUGGCAAACCCGGUGUUUACCUGCAUCGUGCUGGCUGCCUGUAUGGAGAUCGCGGUGGUGGCUGGCUUUGCCGCAUUCCUCGGCAAAUAUCUUGAGCAGCAAUUCAACUUGUCGGCCUCUUCGGCCAAUCAGCUUCUAGGGAUGACAGCCAUUCCCUGUGCAUGUCUGGGGAUAUUCCUCGGAGGCCUUCUGGUGAAAAAGCUCAACCUGUCCGCUCUGGGGGCCGUUAGGAUGGCUAUGCUCGUCAACCUCAUCUCCACCGCAUGCUACAUCUCCUUCCUCUUCCUGGGGUGUGAUAACGGGCCCAUUGCAGGCGUCACCGUUCCUUAUGGAAAUGACACAGGGUCGGGGGAGGAUUUGGAUCCCUUCGCUCCCUGUAACAGCGAAUGUGACUGCACCAUGGCCAUUUACAGCCCAGUGUGUGGGUCUGACGGCAUCACCUACUUAUCUGCAUGUUUUGCUGGCUGCUCUAGCACGAACCUGAGCGAUUGUAUUUGCCUGAACAUCGGCUCAGAUGAGAACGCUACAGCCAUCCCUGGCAAGUGUCCGAACCCGGGCUGUCAGGAGGCUUUCCUGACCUUCAUGUGUGUGAUGUGCGCUUGCAGUCUGAUUGGGGCCAUGGCUCAGACCCCAGCCAUCAUGAUCCUCAUCAGGGCUGUCAACCCUGAGCUCAAAUCCUACGCACUGGGAGUUCUCUUCUUGCUGCUGCGUCUUCUGGGGUUCAUUCCUCCACCUCUGAUCUUCGGUGCCGGGAUCGACUCCACCUGCCUGUUCUGGACCACCAUCUGUGGGGAGCAAGGAGCUUGCAUGAUCUACGACAAUGUGGUUUACCGCUACCUGUACGUCAGCAUUGCCAUUGCUCUCAAGACGUUUGCCUUUGUCCUUUACACCACUACCUGGCAAUGCUUGAGAAGGAACAGGGGCAAGUACAUUGUCAAUGAAGAGAGGAACCUGCAGCCAAUGACUGCCAGUGAAUUAUUUGCAUCAACCCUAACCCUCGACACUGUCGGGAGAGACUCCAGCCAGCCCCAAACGCACAAGACCAAAUUUAUCUACAAUCUAGAAGAUCAUGAAUGGUGCGAAAAUAUGGAAUCUGUACUAUAAGACCUUUUACUUUGAUUCUUUUGUACUUUGAUUUCUGAGGGUUAAAAAUUAAGUGAGGACCCCACAAUGGUGCAUUCUUAACCAAAAAAAAACUAUUUCAUGUCAGUUUUUUUUGAAGACCAAGGUAAGGUAUAAGGAUUGCAGAAUGACUGCUUGAAACCGUUUGUGAAAGCAAAUGUCGUCGCAAAAGCAAAGAACUUGAGUAAAGAAAUGGUGCCUGUCUGUGUGAA